CAUCACUUUGUGCUUCAUCUCAUUCUUCGUCUCGCUCGCUCAUUUCUUUAUCUCUUUUUGAAUUCAACUGUGGGCAAGCCAAGGACGCACGACUCGAAGAAAAAAAAAUAAAAAGAAAGAUAAAAUGACAAGGAAGUUUUUUACGGCCACAGUGGCCAUCUCGUUGAUGGUCCUUGCAUCAUCCUGGCUUCAGACAACCAAUGCCAUCAUGUUUGAUCUACAUGCCCAGACACCUUCAGAUGCUGUUCCAUUCUGCAUCUCUCAUUACGUUGAUGAGGAGACUCAGGUCGUAGUCAAAGUCAAGGCCAGUUCUGGUCCUCAUCAGAAGAUCUCGGUCGAGGUUACUGAUGACGGUAUUCAUCAGAAUCAGCUCUGGAAGAAGGACAACUUGGCAGAUGAACAGAAGGGAGCUUUUUUGAAUAAGGAAGCUGGCAAUAUUUUCGCCUGUUUUACCAACGUACUUUCAGAUGGCUAUAAGGCUGAUGCAAGGUACUUUCGCUCGAUUGAACUUGACUUUGAUAUUGGAUCGGAGACAAUUGAUUAUACCAAGUUGGCAGAGAAGGAGAGGUUGAAGCCUAUGGAACUGGAGUUGCGCAAACUUGAGAAUCUUGUUCAGGAUAUUAUUGAGAAUAUGGAGCAUCUUCAGGCACGCGAGAUUAAGAUGCGCAACACUAACGAAUCGACCAAUGAACGUGUAAAGUGGUUUUCAUCUUUGACCAUGGUCGUGUUGGUGACACUUGGUUUAUGGCAGAUCUUUUACCUCAAGCGUUUCUUCCGCAAGAAGAGGCUCAUUGACUAAAACG